AUGUCUCCUCACCUCCCCCGCGACACUUCAUCUUCUCUUCAUUUCGACUUCGUCUUCACGAUGGGUGACUACGGAACUGCUGUUCCACCUUUGCGCUCCACUCGAGCCGGGAAUCCACCGCAGCCCUCGGCUUCUCCUAACGAGAUAUCCGUCCUGAUAACGGGGUUUGGGCCAUUCAAGACAAACCUUGUUAACGCCUCAUACCUGAUCGCCUCCUCCCUUCCAUCGUCGUUCAUCUUCCCGUCCAAAGACCAGGACGCGGACCCGCGUCGAGUCUCUCUCCAUGUCCACCCCACACCUAUCUCAGUGGCUUACGCCACGGUCCGGGAGACUCUCCCGUUGAUUCUCGAGGAGUUUGCCGCUUCCCAUGAUGGCCGCCGACCCGAUCUUAUCAUUCAUAUUGGCAUAGCAUCUCCACGGCCAUACUAUUCCAUUGAAACCUUGGCCCACCGCGAUGACUACAACAUCACCGAUGUUGAGGGCCGCUCUGGGUAUCUUGAUGGCGAGAAACGAUGGAGAGAGCUAGAUCUACCAGCCAUUUUGACACCUGGUCGUGUGACUGAUGAUCCAUCCUCUGCCUCGCCCUACCAACCCGACGAGCAGUUCUUGGAUACCUGGAAGUCCUUUGCCCCGGAGUCAGAUCUUCGUCUGUCGAAAGAUGCUGGUCAUUAUCUGUGUGACUUCAUUUUCUAUACCAGCAUGUCUUUAGCUCUUCGUGAGGGCCAUGACCGAAACGUCCUCUUCCUUCAUGUCCCUGGCGCAUCCGAAGAUGCCAAUAUUGAACAAGGGCGCGUGGUCACUCUGGCUCUCAUUAAGACUAUGGUCUCUUGCUGGCUGGACAAGAAGCAUCAUGCAUAA